CACGAAUCCAAGCAGGAGAUUAGAGCCCGUUCGAAGCAGCAAAUGAAUUCAAGGUGUCCAUUUCCCUUCCAAAACUCUUCCAACGUCCAUCAUAAUGUAGACCGGAUCUGUGGAGCGCAUAUUAGAAGCCAAUGAACAAGAGCAGACAGAAUAUGCGUGCAACUCGUGAGUGGACGUCGAGGACUGCGCUCGUCAUAAAUUAGAUUAUUGGAUUGACUUUGACAGAUUAUAGCGCUCCGAUUUCCUCGAUGCCUCUUGAGAAAACCACGCCAAUCUAAUAAUAGUAAUCGUAUUCCACACCAGGGUUCAGAAAUACUUAAGUCAUGCUGGGCAGCUUCAUGGAAGGUCUGCUCUGCUGCUUCUCCUCAAAGUCGACCAACGUUGUGGUUCCUGUCGAGACGUCCGAACUUACCGACGGUUACGAGUUUGUCGAAGUGAAACCGGGCCGGGUGCUCCGCGUUCGACAUCUAGUCCCCGAACGGUCGGUGGUGGAGCAACCUACAGGAGAGAGUGGGUGCGUCAGCUGCAAGAGGAGGAUAUCAGUCUUCUGCAAUGGACAGCUAUUCAUCGAGAACCUGGGGGACAGGGCAGGUGCGGAGAUAAAAACCUGCCAGAAUGGUGACACAGAACCGAGCAGCACUGUAGAGGUCGAACUGACAGACUGUGGCAACACCACCCUGCCCGCUGGAGUCCCUGAUACCAAGUCAGACUCGGUCACAGGAGGAAAAGUUGUACCAUCUGAGCCGGGACGAGGAGGGGACGCACCCGCCGCUCCGCAGGCCGAAACGUCACAGAACCACCACAAGCGGAAGCUCAAGCGCACUGUUGUGAUUGACUGCGAGAGGAAAAUAUCAGCGUGUAAAGGGACGCAUCCGGAUGUUGCUCUGUUCUUCAUCCACGGUGUCGGGGGCUCGCUCGAUAUCUGGAGGAGCCAGUUGGACUUUUUUUCUCGACUGGGCUAUGAGGUGAUUGCCCCAGACCUGGCGGGCCACGGGUCCAGCUCGGCACCUCCAAUACCUGCUGCGUACACCUUCUAUGCCCUUGCAGAAGACAUGAGACUUAUCUUUAAGAGAUAUGCACGCAAAAGGAAUAUUCUCAUUGGACAUUCUUAUGGCGUGUCUUUCUGUACGUUCCUGGCCCACGAGUACCCGGAGCAGAUCCACAAGAUGGUGAUGAUCAAUGGAGGUGGCCCCACAGCUCUGGAGCCCAGCUUGUUCUCCGUCUUCAACUUGCCUUCGUGUGUGCUCGACUGCCUCUCUCCAUUGCUCAGCUGGUGUUUUCUCAAGGCCGGUUUUGCUCGUCAGGGCGCGAGGGAGAAGCGGUUGCUGAAAGAGAACAACGCCUUCAAUGUGUCGGCUUUCGUGCUGCGUGCCAUGAUGAGCGGGCAGUAUUGGCCCGAGGGGGAUGAGGUCUACCACGCUGAGCUCACAGUGCCCAUCCUGCUGGUUCAUGGAAUACACGACAAGUUUGUCCCCGUUGAAGAGGACCAGCGUAUGGCAGAGAUCCUUCUUAUCGGCUUCCUGAAGGUUCUGGAGGACGGCAGCCAUAUGGUCAUGAUGGAAUGUCCAGAGGCUGUCAACACACUCCUGCACGAGUUCUUCCUCUGGGAACCCGCAGCCCCCCCACCACCCAAGUCCAAAGCUCGUCCAGAGACCGCCAAGGCCCAAAGUGACAACACCAAAACUGUGCCGGACCCUGCCAAGGUCCGACCAGCGACUGCCUUGCAGGCCUCACUCAACAGUGUAGCAGAGGGCAAGUUUGACAGAGGGGACAAAAAAUAAAGCUUUAACGGCGAUGGUGAUCAAGCUUGAAGAAAGUUCAGUGUGAUCAGACGUGAACGGAGACAGCUUGAGCUGAAAAUGUCCAAGGAAAGGGUCCGGCUGAAGGUCAGAAGUCAGGAAGGCGGGACACAGUCAAGGAGAUGUGUCGACUCAGACCAAGCACGAGGACAGGGGAAACGCAGCUCGAGUCAAAGUGACGGGAAAGACGCUCUGGGAGAUGUUGUGCCUUCAAGUCAUGCAUCCUCAUCUUUUUGGGGGGGUUAUGAAAAUAUCACACUAACAUUUUUGCCAGAUGAGCCAGAACAGUCAGCGCAGUUCCAGUAGCAUUUCUUUCUCGCUAAGUGCAAGUUGUGUUAUUUCUGGUCCUUUGUAGCAAAACAAACAAACAAAAACAUUUUGUGGAUGGGAAAUGUGAGACUUGCCAUGUUGACGCAAAGAGACUCAAGUAAGUAAAUGCAACUGUUUACAUGUGAAAUAUUGUCAUAGGCAAGUCUUGUGACCGUACACAGAAACCAAAAAUGGGACAUGACAUGUUUUUGAGUGGUCUGUAGUUUGUAAAUACAUGCACAUACAAUAUUUUUGUACCAUAAUACACCAUCUUUCUAUGUACUGUAGUUCAAUAAAGGACUGCUCACAUGCUGUGAACAUUCGCACUUAUUUCAUAGUUGUGGAAUUAAAAUGAUUUCUGCAGAAAAAGACUCAUAAGUAAUUUUAGGCUUGUUUUUGAUUACAUAUUUGGUUUUCAGAAAGAUUUUGUUGACGUCGGUGAUAGAAGGCCAGUCCAUUUCCAAGCAGUUUUAAAUAUGAAAAUAAUUCAAGAGCAAAUGUAUAUAUGCUCUUGAACCUCAUAAAUAAAUAUAAAUAAAUAAAAUAUCUGAGAAAUGUUCUGAAACGCUAAUUUCCUCAAUUUGUGGAAGCAAGCCAUGCAGCGCUAAUUGUAGGCUUGUUUUGUUCAACUCACUUGCUGUAAUAGGUUGUUGCAGAAGGAAGGAAACCACAUGAGGGAAGCGUGUGCAGAUUCCUUUUUGCACCUGUUUAGUCAGCUCACUGUCGUAUUGAUUCCACCACUUCUCUUCAAAAGGUUUCAGAAGAUUUUUUUCCCCAUAAUGUCAUUGCUCUCCCCCUUCCCCCAAUUACUACAUGAAUUCGUUUCUCACAUGCUGAGGGGAGAUACGGAAAAUGCCAGCAUGGAAUUGUUUCUCAUGUCCCCAUUAAUACUUUCAUCCAUCAAUUUCUGAGCCACUUAUCCUCACAAGGAGAGCUGGAGCCGAUCCCAGCUGUCAACGGGCAGGUUGCGGGCUACACCCUGAACUGGUUGCUCGCCAAUCGCAGGGCACACAGAGACAGACAACAGUUGCACUCGCAAUCACACCUAGGCCCAAUUUAGAGUGUCCAAUUAAUGUUGCAUCUUUUUGGGAUGUGUAUCGAUUUUGUUACUCCCAGGGCAAUUCGUUAUUUACCGAUUGCUCCAAAAUGGAUCGAUAUUCUUGGAAAUGAUUGCUAG